AAUUUUUUGAAGCCAGAUUUGUUCCUGCGACCAAAUCCAAAUCCUCUCUCCUUUUAAUUCGAGAUUCGAGACAAAACAUUGCGACAACCUCUACAUCAACAAGAGGGCCUUUCGUCGCUCAUUUUUAAUCUAUUUUUCCCUUCUACCUUCUCCUUUCUCCUUUAUUCCUAUUAUAUUCUGUCACGUUGUCACGUUGUCACGAUGAGUAGCUUGCGGUUUCUCGACCUUGUCAAGCCCUUCGUGGCAUUCUUGCCCGAGGUUCAACAACCAGAGACCAAAGUUCCUUUCAACCAAAAGUUGAUGUGGACAGGUCUCACACUUCUGAUCUUCUUGGUCAUGAGUCAGAUGCCGCUUUAUGGUAUCGUGUCCUCCGACACCUCCGACCCUCUAUACUGGCUGCGAAUGAUGAUGGCGAGUAAUCGAGGAACGCUGAUGGAAUUGGGUAUUACGCCAAUUAUCUCUUCGGGGAUGGUCUUCCAGCUCCUUGCCGGUACUCACAUGAUUGACGUCAACCUUGACCUCAAGUCCGAUCGUGAGCUCUACCAGACUGCCCAGAAACUGUUCGCCUUUAUCCUCUCUGCCGGUACCGCCACUGUCUACGUCUUCACUGGUCUUUACGGUCCUCCCUCUGACCUCGGCGCUGGUAUCGUCUUCCUUCUCAUUCUGCAACUCGUCGUCGCUGGCAUGAUCGUCAUCCUUCUCGAUGAGCUCCUACAGAAGGGCUACGGUCUUGGAAGUGGUAUUUCCCUGUUCAUCGCUACCAACAUCUGCGAGUCUAUCAUGUGGAAGGCGUUUUCCCCGACCUCGAUCAACACCGGUCGUGGUCCUGAGUUCGAAGGAGCCGUCAUUGCCCUCUUCCACCUGUUGAUGACGUGGCCUAACAAGCAGCGCGCUCUGCAGGAGGCUUUCUAUCGCCAGAACCUUCCCAACAUCAUGAACCUCCUCGCCACUCUCCUCGUCUUCGCCGCCGUUAUCUAUCUCCAGGGUUUCCGCGUCGAAAUCCCCGUCAAGUCUUCCCGCCAGCGAGGUGCCCGCGGUUCUUACCCCGUUCGUCUGUUCUACACCUCCAACAUGCCCAUCAUGUUACAAUCCGCUCUCUCCUCCAACAUCUUCCUUAUCAGCCAAAUGCUCUACUCUCGUUUCUCCGAGAACCUCCUCGUCCGCAUGUUCGGUGUCUGGGAAGCUAGGGAAGGGUCCGCUCAGCUCUCCGCCAUCUCCGGCCUAGUUUACUACAUGUCCCCCCCGCUCAACUUCCGCGACGCCGUCCUCGAUCCCAUCCACACCGCGGUAUACAUUACCUACAUGCUCAGCGCAUGUGCUAUCUUCUCUAAGACCUGGAUCGAAGUUUCUGGCUCCAGCCCUCGCGACGUUGCCAAGCAGCUGAAGGACCAAGGUCUCGUCAUGGCUGGCCACCGUGACCAGAGCAUGUACAAGGAACUGAAGCGCAUUAUUCCCACGGCUGCCGCUUUCGGCGGUGCCUGCAUCGGUGCGCUUUCGGUCGCCAGUGAUCUCAUGGGAGCUCUCGGCUCCGGCACUGGUACACUUCUUGCCGUCACUAUCAUCUACGGCUACUUUGAAAUCGCCGCGAAAGAAGGCGAUCUUGCUGGAAUGAAGGGGAUGAUUAUGGGAUAAACACCCUAUGCUUAUGAUCAUAAGUCCUAAUUAACCCGCUACGACGGCGCAAUGUCAAAAGUGCAAUUAUUUCACGCUACGUGUAAUACCUAAGGAAAGUAAAAGUUCAUGGGGAUUCUUCACCGGGGCGUGGCGAAACUUGGAAAAUGCAUCAAUGGCGGUCUGCGGUCAUUCUCGUCGGGUGUCCUUAUGAGGGGGCCCUGGGACGAAGAGUGUAUUAGUUUACAUAUAGUAGUAACCCCGAAAACAUAACAUGUAUAUCAUAUUUUACUAGUUCA